AUGUUCCAGCUUGAUUCGUGGUAUUCGGUGUUAUUCGAAGUGAUGAUCGUCGGAUUCUCGCUGUACAAUUCGCUUCGAAUGACGAGAUGGUGGGAGACGGUUCGAGCCGGCGCGGUGGCCGCCACAAUCGGCAAUCGCGCACCAAGUGUUGAGAAAUUGUACGGUCUUGAUAAGAACAACAACACCAAAAACAACAACAACAUUAAAAAUGAGGAUAAUGUGAAGACUUCGCUGAGCUCAUUCGAUCUUGAUGACACUUCAACGACAGCUGCAACAUUUGAAUCAGAGCAACUAGAAGAUCAAUUUGCGUUUUUGGAUGGAUAUGUUCCGCCGCCCGCGAAACGAGUAAAACUGUCCAUAAAAGACAUCAAUGAAAUAGCGACAAGCAAAAAUAAUUUUACUGUCUACAAGUUCUCGCCAAUUUCGGAACGAAGCGAAGAAACGACAAGCACAAUCACCAAUGAAUCGCCGUGCGCAAAAAAUGCGUCGGCCGAUGUGACACUGAUUUCCGAAGGCGAUAUUGAGGAAGUUAAUAAUCCGGCAAGCUCAAAUACAACGAAAUUUAUCCCAAAUACACCAUCCAAUAAUAGUUUAUCGGUUAUCAAGGAGUGCAGUUUUCUGCUCGACUUCCACACAAAUGUCGCCGAUAUGAAGGAGAAGCUGAGCAAAGUGUUUUGUAGUGAUUUGGACAUAUUCGAGAUGUAUCAUAUUGCUAGGAAUCGGGACCACGACGACCCAAUCCGUGUGCCUGCCUCGUUGUUGAUGAAAGAAACUGGUGUCGCGCAUUUGGAAGACUGCCGAGUGUCGGACGACGAUCUUGAGAGGAAUUGCAGCGCCGCCGAUCGCCGUCGCGUUCUUCUCGAUCUCAUCGCGAAGCGUCGAGGCCUUCGAAUCACCGAGCACACGAUUCAUCUCGCCGCCGCCAUUCUUGACAAAUGCCUUCAGAUGUUUCUCGUCGAGACGGCGACAUUACAACAAUUGGCGGUGAUCUCGUUCGUUGUUGCCAGUAAACUCGAGGAAAUCGAUUGUCUCUCGAUUCGCGAUGCCAUCGUGUGCAAUCUCAUAACUGGCAUCGAGAUUAAAAGUCUUUGCCGUUUGGAGAGAUUUGUUCUGAAAGCGCUGUCAUAUCGCGUCAAUUAUUCAACACCACUUACAUUUGCAAACUUCAUGUUAGUGUUCCUUAAUGCCAAAAAUUCAGUUAUCAAUAUGACACAUUAUAUUUUGGAGUUGGGCCUUCUUCACGUCGCACUUCGAGCGUAUUAUUCACCGGAAGUGGCGCACGCGGCUGUGUGCCUCGCGUUCGCACUUGAUAAAAUGAACCCGCGGGAUUCGUGUAAAUGCCUAUCGGAAGCCGAACGGCGGCUCAACAGACUAACCGAAAUUGAACCGGGUGCGACCCGGCGUAUCAUGAACGUACUCGUCGAACAAUAUGAAUUGGCCUCGAACGAAAAGCACGAGAUUUACGUGGAGUAUGAGCGUGUUGAGCGCGACUCGGUGUCGCUUCGCACAAUCGACAAAAGUCUGAAGCGCGAGGUCUCGAGACGAAACGAGCCGACAAGAGAAUAA